AUGAAGCUGGGCAAGUGGUCCGUUCUUCUUCUGGUCGGCUGCACAGCUGCAAUUGACAUCCCUCGCAAGCCCUUCCCUCCCACGGGAAGCGGCCAUAAACGGCUGACCUUUAACGAAACGGUCGUCAAGCCGGUCAUUGCUCCCUCGUCUACCGCUGUGGAAUGGAUCUCCACCGCCGAGGACGGGGACUAUGUCUUCCAGGAUAGCGAUGGCAGCCUGAAGAUCCAGAGCAUCGUGACCAACCACACCCAGACCCUCGUCCCGGCUGACAAGGUGCCCGACGACGCAUACAGCUACUGGAUCCACCCCAACCUCUCCUCCGUCCUCUGGGCGACCAACUACACCAAGCAGUACCGCUACUCGUACUUUGCCAGCUACUACAUCCAGGACCUGCAGUCGUUCAAGCUGGCCCCGCUCGCGUCGAACCAAGCCGGUGACAUCCAGUAUGCAAACUGGAGUCCCACUGGCGAUGCCAUCGCAUUCGUCCGCGCGAACAACGUCUACGUCUGGACUGCCAAGUCGACGACCCAGAUCACCACGGACGGCAGCGCAGAUCUCUUCAAUGGUGUCCCCGACUGGAUCUACGAAGAGGAAAUCCUGGGCGAUCGCCAUGCGCUGUGGUUCUCGCCCGACGCGGAGUACCUCGCCUUCCUGCGGUUCAACGAGACCGGCGUCCCGACCUUCAGAGUGCCAUAUUACAUGGACAACGAAGAGGUGGCGCCGCCGUAUCCGCGCGAGCUGGAACUGCGGUAUCCCAAGGUGUCGCAGACGAAUCCAACGGUGGAGGUGCGCCUGCUGAGCCGAGCCACCGGAGAGGUGUCUUCCGUUUCGAUCAAGGCGUUCAAUGCCACUGACUUGGUUAUUGGAGAGGUAGCCUGGCUGACCGAGACACAUUCCCAGGUGGCUGUCAAGGCGUUCAACCGGGUUCAGGACCAACAGAAGGUGGUCACGGUCGACGUGCUCUCUCUCAAGACCAAAACAAUUAGCGAGCGGGAUGGUACGGAUGGCUGGUUGGAUAAUGCGCUCUCCAUCACGUAUAUCGGCCAGAUCGGCGACUCCAAGGCGGAAUACUACAUCGACAUCUCGGACGAGUCCGGCUGGGCACACCUAUGGUUGUUCCCCGUCGCUGGAGGGAGGCCUAUGGCCCUGACGAAAGGCGAAUGGGAAGUCACUGCGAUCCUCAGCAUCGACAAGCAGCGCCAGCUCGUGUAUUAUUUAUCAACGCAGCACCACAGCACUGAGCGCCAUGUGUACUCGGUCUCGUGGAAGACUUUCACGGCCACCCCUUUGGUCGACGACACCGUCGCGGCCGUCUGGUCUGCCUCCUUCUCGUCCCAGGGAGGAUACUACAUCCUCUCCUACCGUGGACCGGACGUGCCCUACCAGGAGCUCUAUGCCAUCAACUCCACCAAACCCCUGUGCACCAUCACCAGCAAUGCCGCCGUGUAUGACGUGCUCAAGCAAUACACCCUCCCCAAAAUCAGCUACUUCGAGCUCCGUCUCCCCUCCGGCGAGACCCUCAACGUCAUGCAGCGACUCCCCGUAAGCUUCUCGCCGAGGAAGAAGUAUCCCAUUCUCUUUACACCCUACGGCGGACCCGGUGCCCAGGAAGUCUCCAAGGCCUGGCAGUCGCAGACCUUCAAGUCAUACAUCGCCUCCGACCCGGAGUUGGAGUUCGUCACUUGGACCGUCGAUAACCGCGGUACCGGCUACAAGGGCCGACGCUUCCGCGGACAGGUCGCGAAGCAGCUCGGCCGCCUGGAAGCGCAAGACCAGGUCUGGGCGGCGCAGCAGGCCGCCAAACUCCCCUUCAUCGACGCUGAGCAUAUCGCCAUCUGGGGCUGGAGCUACGGUGGUUACCUGACGGGUAAAGUCAUCGAGACCGACAGCGGUGUCUUCUCGCUGGGUGUGCUGACGGCGCCGGUGUCGGACUGGCGGUUCUAUGAUUCCAUGUACACGGAGCGGUACAUGAAGACUCUGCAGGAAAAUGCGAACGGGUACAAUGCUAGCGCAAUCUGGGAUGUAGCCGGUUACAAGAACGUCCGUGGAGGGGUCUUGAUUCAGCAUGGCACGGGAGACGACAACGUGCACUUCCAGAAUGCGGCGGCGCUGGUGGAUCGGUUGGUAGGUGAGGGCGUAUCACCGGAUAAGCUGCAGGUGCAGUGGUUCACGGACUCUGACCAUGGCAUCCGGUACCAUGGAGGAAGCGUGUUCUUAUACCGACAGCUGGCGAAGCGAUUGUAUGAGGAGAAGCAUCGCAAGAAGAGCGAGGGACAUCAGUGGAGCAAACGUUCCCUUGAAUUUUAA